UCUCAAGUCUGAACCCGCCAUCUCCCUCUGCCAUACGUUUCCUUGCGCGUUGCUUCCCGCUUCUUGCGCCGGAUCUGGUGAUGGACGCCAUGGAUGACCCCACCCUGGAGCCUGCGAUUGGCUGGCUUUCCGAUACCAUCCUUGCAAAUCUCGCAGCCGGCGGCAAGCUGAGUUCAUGGAUCCGCCAAGCUGGCCUCGGCAACGAUGUUGAGGAGCUCAGGUCCGAGGUCGAGGCAGUGGAAAUGGUGGUUUCUGCCGUGCAGGGGAGGGCAGCCGGGAAUAAGCCGCUGGCCAGAUCUCUCGCAGCCGUCAAGUUGCUGCUCUACGAUGCCGACGACGUGGUCGACGAGAUCGACGGCCACAGGCUCCAGCAGGAGCUUAUGUGCGAUACCAGAAAUGGGACAUCAGUUUUGCGCAAUCAUCUCAAGAGCAAAAGUUGUACCAAGAAACGUGGACCAACUGACCCUUCUUCAAGCACCGCCAAUGCUACUACAUUAAUUCCCAUGCCUGUUGCAACUGGCAGCAGAAAAAGGAUGAGAACUGGUCAGGAGUCAACAAACGUUGCCGCAGCUAACCCAAACAGGUGGAACAAGGACACAUUUCCCGAAAGGAUACAAGACAUCACUAGUCAGCUGCAAGUCAAACGAGAGGCGAUCACAAAGCUUCUCAAGAUACUUGGGCCAGACUCAGGUGGUGCAAGUUCAAAUCACUGUCAGAGUACAAGCUCAGAUCCACGCCGAAGAACAUCAAGUCUUAUUCAAGGGAAAGUGUAUGGGAGAGCUGCAGAGAAGAGUUCCAUCAAAAAGUGGAUCGAAGAACACAAAUCAACUGCCGGUGUAACUGUUUUGCCUAUUGUAGGCAUAGGAGGAGUUGGGAAAACAGCUCUUGCUCAGGUUGUGUACAAUGAUCCAGCUUUGGAAAGUGAAUUUGAUCACAAGAUAUGGAUUUGGGUGCCGAACAAUUUUGAUGAAAUGAGACUCACGAGGGAGAUGUUAGAUUGUGUCUCCCCAGAAACGCAUGAUUGCAUAUGCAGCUUUCCCAAGCUUCAAGAGGUCUUGAAGGGUCAUAUUAAAUCAAAGAGGAUUCUACUUAUUUUAGAUGAUGUCUGGGAAGGCAUGGAUGACGGCCGAUGGAACAAAUUGUUGGCUCCUUUCAAUUCUAAUGGUGCAAAUGGCAAUAUGAUUAUUCUGACAACUAGAAAACCGUUUGUUGCGAAAAAGAGAGGUACAACUGGACCAAUUUACUUACAUGGUUUGAAAAAUGAUGAUUUCUGGCUAUUGUUUAAGGCAUGUGCAUUUGGUUAUGAGAAUUACGAAGAGCAAGCAAGUCUAAGUAACAUAGGACAGAAAAUAGCACAAAACUUAAAAGGAAACCCAUUAGCAGCACAAACUGCUGGGUCACUAUUAAGAGAUCAACUUACUGUGGAUCAUUGGAGUAACAUUUUGAAGACAGAAGAUUGGAAAUCCUUGCAACACGUUGGUGGCAUCAUGUCUGCUUUGAAGCUUUCCUACGAUGACCUACCAUACCCUGUACAACAAUGUUUCUCAUAUUGUUCCAUAUUCCCCUACAACUAUCAAUUUACUGCUGAGAAACUAGUUUGUCUUUGGAUUUCACAAGGAUUUUUGAAGCGUGAUCAUUCAAGCAGCAGUUUGGAGGAGAUGGGACAGUACUAUCUGACUGAUUUGGUGAACCUGGGAUUGUUUGAGCAGGUUAAAAGUCAAACUUACUACACUAUGUGUGGCCUGAUGCAUGAUUUUACACGGCUAGUUUCAAGAACUGAGUGUGGAGCUUUGGAUGGUUUGCAGCACAAUGACAUUUUCCUAACUGUACGCCAUUUAUCUAUAGUAACCAAUUUUGUAUACCGGAGGGAUGGCCAGAGUGGGAACAUACCUCGUAGUGAGAAGUUUCAAUUUUUCUUGCAAAAUAUAGUCACAUCCGUGAAAAAGUUGAGGACAUUGGUGUUGAUUGGGAAAUAUGACUCCUUUUUCUUCAACGCAUUCCAAGAUGUGUUUGAAAAAUCACAUAAUCUGCGUCUGCUGCAAAUGUCUGCAACAUCUAUUGAUUUUAAAUCGUUCUUAUGUAGCUUGGUAAAUCCUACACGUCUCCGGUAUCUAAAACUUGAGGAUGAUAAUGCUGAGCAACAGCCUUUGCCUCAUGUUUUGAGCAAGUUUUUCCAUCUUCAGGUAUUGGAUGUUGCUUUCUUUAUGUCAUUGCAUACAGUUCAUCUAGAGGAUUGCGGAGAAGGGGGGGUACUUUCAUCUCUGGAAAUGCUUCGGUUUCUUAAAAGGUUGAAGUUGAGAAACAUGCGGAGUGCAACAAAAGUAUCGUUUCCAUCAUUGGAGGAGCUUGUUUUAUAUAAAAUGUCAGAUUUACAAACAUGUUACUGUACUUCCGUGGAUGAUAUGAAAUCUAGUUUAAGGCUCCUGGAGAUACAGAGUUGCCCUGUACUUGAGGUGUUUGAUCUAUUUCAGAAAGGUCAUAACUACAAAAUUGAGUAUAAGUCAUGGUUGCCCAAUCUGAGGAAACUCAUUAUGCGCAAUUGUCCUCAUCUGCAAGUACAGACCCCCCUUCCGCCUUCAGCCAUAUUUUCUAAACUAUCAAUUAACGAGGUUUCACCAAUUAUGACAAUGGAGGGAUCUUCCACGGAAAAAUUAGAGAUUAGCGGAUAUAACCUUUUGUGUGAUACAUUCGAUGACAAAAUUUUGGCAUUCCAUAAUCUUAAGGAUAUCAAAUACUUGGAGAUAUUGAAUUGUGAAAGCCUAACAUCCAUUUCAUUCAAAGGCUUAAGUCAGCUCAUCUCCUUAAAGAGUUUGAAAAUAGUGCAUUGCAGAGAAUUUUUCUCUUCGGAUGAUGUGCCAAAGCAUACCCAUGACGACAUGAUAACUGCAAAUGAUGAUAUUCUCCUGGCUCUAGAAAGUCUUCAUAUUAUAAGAUGUGGAAUAACGGGGAAGUGGCUAUCUCUGAUGCUGCUUCAUUCGCCGACCCUGGAGGACUUGUAUUUAUAUGAUUGUCCGCGGUUGAAACAGUUGAAGAUAGAAGAGGCUUUCGAGGCUUCGUCAUCAGGGUAUCUAUAUGGUGCGCCAUCAGGAUAUGCAGAUGGAGUCGUGCACAUUCCAUUGAAUCUCAGAAAGAUAAAAAUUGGUGGAUGCCCUCAUCUAAUAUUUGAUGGGAGUAGGGGAGGCUUUGCUGGAUUUACCUCCUUCUCACAGGUAGAGAAUGGAAGAUGUCUCCUCCCGCAAUCAGUUGAACAUCUUGAUUGGUCUGAUUAUCCCCGAAAAGCUCUGCGGCCCUGCUUUGUGGGUAAUUUCACCUGUCUCAGAAAGUUACAAGUAACCAGCAAAAGUUUGGAAUAUCUACAGCUGGAUUCCUGUACGGCCUUGGAAGAAUUGGAAAUUGACGGUUGCGAUCAGCUCAUCACAUUAGAGGGCAAGCAAUCGCUUGGAAUGCUCAGGUCUUUGAAAUUAUCUUUUAACUCAAGAUUCAAAUCUCUAUGGCUGCAUUCGUGCACGUCGCUGGAACGUUUGGAAAUUUGGUCCUGCGGUUCACUCGUCACACUAGAGGGCUUGCAAUCCCUCGUGAACCUCAAGCAUCUGGAAAUACGCACAGUGAAGAGUUACGAUUCAGUUGAGGGAAUUCCAAGUCAUAGCUAUGAGUUAUUCUUCCCUACACUGGAAAGUCUUGAGAUCGAUGAGUUGUCUCCCCUUAACAUGUCAUUCUGCAAGGGCCUCACCUGCCUCCGAAGCCUAACGCUUACUUGGUUGGAUGCAACGAGACUAACAGAUGAGCAAGAGAGAGCACUUCUGCUCCUCAGGUCCCUGCAAGAGCUCUGCUUUCAUGCUUGUACGCAUCUCAUACAUCUUCCCACGGGGCUGCGGGGCCUCCCUUCCCUCAAGACAUCGAAGAUCAUAAGUUGUGAAGAUAUCUCAGGGCUUCCAAAUGAGGGCCUCCCACCUUUGCUGGAAGAACUGGUAAUCAACGGUUGCAGCGUCGAGUUAUCAGAACAAUGCAGAUUGCUAGCAACAAGCAAGCUGGAGGUCAAAAUUGAUGGGGACUAUGUGAACUGAUUACAGAGUAUCUUUCUAAGGUAUACUUCUACCGUAUACCCAGUUAUUUUUUUGACUAACCACCAAAAUCAUACAAUUGUGUGCUACUGGAGGGAUUGCCCACUGUUAAACGAUAGACUUGUAGAGAAUGUAUAGAUAGAAAUACGUGACAACAUGUCACGUAUGUGUUGUAACGCAUACAAUGUAUUUGGUGCGGCAGGUUGUUAGCUAGAUAGAUCUUAUCUUGGUAUAGCUUGGAGUAGAGGUCAAGUUUAGCAACAACCUGCGCCUUCUUG